AUGCUUCAGCGACCUGCCGCGAAUCCGACUGGGAUGGUUGGGGUUCGGGAGCAAGUGUGCUCCGCGACAUCCAGCAUCGUCGAGCUUGGCCGGACGGCCAUCCCCUUGGGCGAGGACAUGGCCAGCCUUACCUUCGCGCGCCCCAUUGCAGACUGCCGGAAGCUGUACGAAGGACGCCCCGCGGAAGGCUGGGCAGUCAACGUGCAGGUGGGAGACUGGGUGCAUUUCAAAAUCAGCAGCUCCGGAGGGCAGGCGAUCAUCUGCCGUGUGACGGCCGUCCAUCGUUUUGACUCCUUUGAGGCGAUGCUUGCAACUCUUGGGGCCGGCUUUGGGGAAACUUGGACAAAACUGCACUUUACUGUGGCCGGCGAUGCCCUGCCCUGCCCUGCCCUGCCCUGCCCUGCCUGCCUGCCCGUGAACCUUUUGCCUUUCGCUCCCUGGGAUACUGGACAGCUAGGUGUGGACAUGCGGAAGGCAGGAGAAAGGGGCAUCUCCCGAUGCGAGCUGGAUGUGCGGAAGAACCUGCUGUCCAACGUAGUGCUGUCAGGAGGAUGUACGAUGUUUCCUGGCUUUAGCGAACGACUCUCCAAAGAACUGCGUGCUCUCGCACCCGUGGCCGCACAGUGCGACAUCCGGGUGCUCAAGAGCCGAGACCAAAUCAGUGCCGUUUGGACAGGCGGCCAGGUCUUUGCUAGCCUUCGCGAGAUGCAAGAGGAACUCUGGAUGUCCAUCGACGACUACGAUGAGUACGGCGCGAGUCUCAUGCACGAGAAGGUCGUCUUGAGCUCAGGGAAGCUGGAUCGGGGUUACGCCGGCCGUGAAAUUCAACUAAGCGCCGAACUUCCGGCAUUCAACCUCUACAUCCUUGGCGCAGGUAGCCAAGAGCCAUUUCCGAAUCACGACUGCGUGAACGUCCCUUUGCCGGUGCUGGACUGGGAUGCACUGCGGAAGAACCUGAAAACCACUUGCGGCCACACGCGCGAAACGCGAACACUAAGCUGCGCCGCCACCGUACUCGGGUGGCAGAACCUGAUCAUCGGCUUUCUCCGAAGCCUGGUCCCGCCCGGAAUGCCUGGGGACGAGGACUUGAUUCUCCUGGAGUUCGAGGCGCUCGACCGACUUCUGCCAGCGGCAUAUGCGCAAUGCCGACUAGGCAUUCUGGUCCUCUACGUGGCCCGGACGCUCCUCUGCCUGCUGAUGAGAGACGUUGAUUGCUACCUCAAGCACUCUGCGUGGCUCUCGACAGAGUUGUACAACACGCCUGUGACCAUCAUCAUGGGGACAGAGUGGCCCAUCUUCGCUCUCCUGAACUCCUACGAUUGGUCGUACCCGGGAAUACCGCCGGGCAACGAUUACGAUUGUACCCUAUCGAACACGAGUACCCUCGACUGGCCACGGAUGCUGAAUGCGCUGCAGGAUGACCCACGUCGGCCGAAAGCAAGUUGGUGGCUCGACCUGCUUCGCUACACCUUCGACACCAAGCUGGCCACAUCCAUGUACGUGAGCAGCUUCGAGUGCCUCUACGGUGUCUAUGUCCUGAACAUGGUGAAGGCGAUGUGGUCGGCGGAUACGGAGUCUUCGGCCUUUCGCAUCUACGAGCCUUAUGUGACGUGGAUCCACUAUGAGAGUCUGCACCUCUUGGGCGCAUCUCGGUGGAGGAUCUUCGAGCUGAUGCACCACUUCACCUCUCUCAGGAGGCAUGGCUUCAGGCUGGAUUUCACUGCAAAGGACCGAUAUUCGCGAUCCCCGCACACCCGGCUCCGGCCGACGAUGGUCCCAAAUUCGAGUACCCGAAGUGGUGGAGUCACCAGAUCGCGAACCAGGCCGGAGCAUAGUAAGUUAGAGGAUAAUUACCGAAAGACUCCGUCGGUAGGUUUACGAUCGCGAGAAGAAGUUUCACAGCAGUCUCGGUGA